UUGUGUCUUUCAUUUAGCUUUUUUUCCCGAUGGUUUUUAAUAACACAGGUAAUCCACAAAUUUGUUGAACAAUAUCUUAAAACUUCGUCAGGUGUCAGUGCCAGAGCGGGUAGUUUUUGCGUCAUACGCAGUAGUGUUGGCUCAUCUUACGAAUUUGUUUGUCUUGCCACUACGAAGACGACGGAUUGAAAUAUGGCGUGAAACGAUGGGGCUCCCCAGCCAACUUAUUUGGUUGUAAGGAUAUCUGUGGUUAACCCAAACUUUGGAACCUCUCGGAAUAGAGGCGAGGGCCUAACGUUCCGCUGACUCAGUGUUUUCAGUUCGACUUGAAUUUGAACCACUGAAGCGCGUUUUCACCAUGGCCUGGGCUUUGAAGUUGCCGUUGGCAGACGAGGUCAUUGAGUCUGGGCUGGUGCAGGACUUCGAUGCAAGUCUUUCAGGCAUUGGCCAGGAGCUGGGGGCCGGGGCCUACAGCAUGAGUGAUGUGCUGGCUCUCCCCAUUUUCAAGCAGGAGGAGUCCAACCUGCCCCCAGACAAUGACAACAAAAUCCUUCCUUUCCAGUAUGUUCUAUGUGCUGCCACCUCCCCAGCAGUCAAACUGCACGACGAGACUCUCACCUACCUCAACCAAGGACAGUCGUAUGAAAUUCGAAUGCUGGACAACCGGAAAAUGGGGGAGCUUCCAGAGAUCACUGGUAAAAUGGUGAAGAGCAUUAUCCGAGUUGUCUUUCACGAUCGGCGUCUGCAGUACACUGAGCACCAGCAGCUGGAGGGCUGGCGCUGGAACCGGCCUGGAGAUCGCAUCCUGGAUCUGGAUAUCCCAAUGUCAGUGGGCGUGGUCGACCCCAGGGCAAACCCAACGCAGCUCAACACGGUCGAGUUCUUAUGGGACCCAUCAAAGAGGACCUCAGUCUUUAUACAGGUGCACUGCAUUAGCACAGAGUUUACUAUGCGUAAGCAUGGAGGAGAGAAAGGAGUGCCUUUCCGCAUUCAGAUCGACACGUUUAAGGAGAACGAGGCGGGUGAAUACACAGAGCACCUGCACUCUGCCAGCUGUCAGGUCAAAGUUUUUAAGCCCAAAGGUGCAGACAGAAAGCAGAAGACAGACAGAGAGAAGAUGGAGAAGAGAGCGCCUCAGGAGAAGGAGAAAUACCAGCCGUCUUAUGAGACCACCAUCCUCACAGAGUGUUCCCCAUGGCCUGAGGUUACCUACGUCAAUAACUCCCCCUCCCCAGGUUUCAACAGCACCCAUAACAGCUUCCCUGUGGCUGAAGGGAACGGGUCACCUAAUCACCAGUCUGAGCCAGUAAUGCAGGUAGCAGACUUUUCAACUCAUCUACUUAGAGGAGACAGUGACAGACAACAGAAUCUGUUGCCCACGGCAACACCACAGGAAGCACAGCAGUGGCUCCAUAGAAACCGUUUUUCUCCGUUCUGUCGUCUCUUCACAAAUUUCUCAGGGGCAGACCUGCUGAAGCUGACCAGAGAAGAUGUCAUUCAGAUCUGUGGUCCGGCAGAUGGCAUUCGACUGUUCAAUGCACUGAAAGGACGGGCGGUACGUCCACGGCUGACUGUGUAUGUCUGCCAGGAAUCCCAGCAGGCUCGGGAACAGCAGCAGAAACAUGAGAAUGGGGAUGGCACAACCAACACCUUCUUUGUAUACCAUGCCAUUUAUCUGGAGGAGUUGACUGCCGUUGAACUGACCGAGAAGAUCGCCCAGCUCUUCAGCAUCUCUCCUCGACAGAUCAGUCAGAUCUUCAAACAGGGACCCACUGGUAUCCACGUACUGGUCAGCGAUGAGAUGAUCCAGAACUUCCAGGAUGAGAUGUGUUUUGUUCUGGACACAAUGAAAGCUGAAACGAACGAUGGAUACCACAUCAUCUUGAAAUGAGGAGAAGCACUGCCCCCCUCACAUGGUUUUCUCCUCUAUCUGCCCUCCCAUCAGCCCCUGUCCUGCAUUCCUGAACUGUGCUAACGACCACCCCGAUGGUUCUGCUCCCUUUGGGGACGUGAUUUCCUUAAAGGCGGCCGCUUUAGGAAAGGAAGUAUGCAUCUGGCCCACUGGAAAACCCUUACUGCCUUCUUCUCAUUGACAUGUGUGCACUGCCCUGGUCAAACACUGCCCCCCUUGGCGCUUGGCCCCAACCACAUUUCCUUUCAUAGUGCCGUCUGGGUGCGCUUUUUGUGCAAAAGGCAAACUUUUUUUUUCCUUUUAAAUCUUUUUUUUUAAACGUUCUUACAUUAGCAGAGUAGAACCAGACGUGCCAAAGUCUGACAUUUCAGAUUUAACAAAAAAUAAAGGGGGAAAAAAAAAGAAAUUUAUCUUGAAAUUGAGCAUUAUCUAAUUCUAGUUUGACCUAAAAAAAUCGAGUGUCAACCCUUGACCCCUCUGCCCCAUCAUCAGUUUGUUGUUUGUGAUUGUUGAUGUCAGACAUGGAUUAGAAUUAAGGUCUGCUCCCUGCAGCCUGCGCAGUCACGCAGACAUUGGUUUAGUGAGUCAGAGGGUCUGUGUGCAGCAUGGUGUGGUGUAGGCUAAGCUGAGGCCCAGUCUAUACAGCCCUGUCACUGAUGGCAGCUCAAGAAUAGUUGGAUCUGGGAGAAUUUUUAAUGCGAUUCAUUUGUUAAUCUUUCUCUCUGUGU